AUGUCGCAGCUCAAAGGGAAGAAUAUAGAUUAUUUUUGCCUACGGUACGACGAACCUUACUUACACAUACCGGAUGAAUUGCUCGAGACGUGGAUUGCCACUCUCGUUAACCGAAAUGUUUGUCGGCUUCAUAUUGAUGUUAUCAGUGAUAUGCCUAUGUGCCUCUUUACUUGCAAAACCAUUGUUGAUUUGACUCUUAACGAGUCUUGUUGUCCCGUGCUGUUUGCUGGCAGUGUGUGUUUGCCUGUCCUCAAGAAACUUCGAAUGUACUAUGUUGUUAUGUCUGAUGAGUCUUUCAAGCAUCUGAUUGCUGGAUGUCCAAUGCUUGAGGAGUUCAUCAUUUGGAGGUCAUUUUCUUAUUUUUUGUCGGGCCGUUUUCUAUCUCCGCCUUCAUUAACUAGGCUUGAACUCAGGACGGAAACCAUUGAGUCAGUGAUGGAGACGGUAUUGACAGUAAAGUUAGAUACUCCUGCAGUUAGAUAUCACGACUUGACUGAUAUUAGAUCCGAGAAUUUCUCAGCUGUGGUGCUCGACUCCUUAAUUGAAGCAGAUAUAAGCAUUAGUAUGUUUGAUCCUGAUGAUAGCAUUGAUUCUCAUUCUAUGAUAGGAUUUCUCCGUAAACUACAUAAGGUGGAGUGCCUUACAUUGUCAGCUCCCUUGAUGGAGGAGGUUCCCGACUCAGCAUUUCAUGCGAUGGCUAUAAAGUUCCCUAAUUUAACCAAACUCAAAUUGUUUACUGAUUUUCGUUUUAUCUCAUUUUUCCUUGAAAAUGCUGAAAAUCUGGAAAUCAUCCAAAUCAAUCUUAGUGAUUGUGGUCACGGAUGUUGGAUUGAGCCAAGAAAUGUACCAGCAUGCUUGUUAUCACAUCUUAGAACAGUAUCAAUUCAUGGAUUUGAGUGUUUGGAGAGAGACUUUAACAUGGUAAGAUAUAUAUUGAAGAAUGCUAAAGUCUUGAGGAGGGUGGACAUAUAUACCCAAUCAUACUGUAAUUUGGAGAAAAGACAUGAAGCUCUCCAGAGAAUAUCAUUGUUUGAGAGACAAUCUGCGGCUUGCCAGCUUGCUUUUCAGUAA